AUGUCCCAUGGCAGCGAAGAGGUCGCCAGCGCGACAAUCGAGCUCCUAGAAGCUCGUCUAGCCCGCCUCUCCUAUCUUCUUACGGGGAACACCGACUGGACCGGCACACCGUCCGGGCCUCAGAAGCCCGCCUCGCUCGACGAUACAGUCUCGCGCCGACUCAUUCGUCUCGAGCGCGAACUGGAGAAAUUGAGCCGCGCUGUCCCCGCCGUGCGCGAUCUCAUUCAACUACACGACCGAUUCCCAGAUCUCUUCAAUCCCACCCCUCCACGCGACAUCCCGGAACAUCUCAGCCCACGCACGCUAGCUUCGAUUGUACUCUCCUAUGCGACCGCUUUUCCCGAAACCGCCUCGCGGCUCACGUCCCUGAAUGACCUGCCCAUCCCCGAUGCAACCACCUCUGCUUCUCUGAUUGCGAUGCAGCCACGGCUGGACCGAAUGGCACAGACACAAGAAGAGCAGGCGGCGACCUUGUCGGAGCUUCGUGUACGGACCGCCCGUGUGUUGCAACGAUGGUACGAGGUUGGGGUCAUGGGGAGCGGGGAAUGUUGGGCUGAGUGGGAGGGUAGACUGGAGGGCUUGGAGAGGGAGGUACGGCGCAGAGAGGUGAUUCGUGAGAAAAGGGAGAAUGAAAUCUAG